AUGCCAGCCAAGACACCCAUUUACCUGAAAGCUGCCAAUAACAAGAAAGGAAAGAAAUGUAAACUGAGAGACAUUCUGUCUCCCGAUUUGAUCAGUCCUCCCCUGGGGGACUUCCGCCACACCAUUCACAUUGGCAAAGAGGGCCAGCAUGAUGUUUUCGGAGACAUUUCCUUUCUUCAAGGCAACUAUGAGCUUUUGCCUGGAAAUCAGGAGAAGGCACACCUGGGCCAGUUCCCUGGGCAUAAUGAGUUCUUCCGAACCAACAGCACCUCGGACUCAGUGUUCAUAGACACCCUCUCCCCGGUGCUCAAAAACGCCAUCUCCCUCCCGACCAUCGGAGGCUCCCAGGCACUCAUUCUCCCCUUGUUGUCCCCGGUGACCUUUAGUUCUAAACAGGAAGCCUUUGGCCCAACCAAGUUGCCCCGGCUGAGCUGUGAGCCUGUGGUGGAGAAGGCUCAGGAGAAAGGCAGCCUGCUGGCCCAUGGGACAGUGCACCCCGGGAACACCUUGUGGGGCUCCAGCGGCUCCGCAUCCCAGUCCAGUAAGGGCAGGAACAGCCACUCAUCCAGUCUCUCCGAACAGUACCCUGACUGGCCAGCUGAGGACAUGUUUGACCAGCCUGCCCCGGGAGAGAUGCUCAAAGAAAAGACAAGAUCCGAGGAGUCCCUGUCAGACCUCACGGGCUCCCUCUUCUCCCUGCAGCUGGACUUGGGGCCCUCACUCCUGGACGAGGUUCUGAACGUCAUGGACAAAAACAAGUAA